AUGAUCGUCUGGAACAAAAACCGCAGAGAUCCAAAUCCACAGAGUGACCAUCUGAAUCUCAUACUGGGAGAAGGAGAGAGCUCAAGCCCAGUGCCAGCCAGAAGAGGACCUUGUCUCCGAGGAAAGAGAGUCCACAGAGUUCUGCCGAGCUGUCAGCAUGCAUUACAGGGGAGACUGGAACUGAGCCAACGGCAGUUGCUACUUUUGCAUGAAGAUAUGCUCACAGCACCUGUGCCUGAAAUAGUAAACCAAAUUUGGGUGGUGAUGUCGAUACCAUUUUUUAAAUCUGGGAGGCUCAAUAUCUAUAUUGAAAAAUGUGGAGCAAAGAUGGAGGCUCCACAAAGAGUGAUUCCUGUGAUUCUUCAAAACUGCCUUUCCUAUUCACUCCCGGCUAGACUUGCUCCGGCCUGGAACAGAACAGGCCAUCUCUUGGUACAAGGAAGAGAUUUUCUUUCACAUACGGGAAAGCAAAGUGCUGUUGUAUUAGACAUCAACGUAACAGAAACACAAGUUUGUCUAAGUAUAGAAGUCUAUACAAUAAGAUUGCCGCCACCUGAGCUAAAGGACUUUGAUAUUUCUCAGCACAUUAUAGAGGAUUUUCAUACCAACCAGAGUGCUGUCAUUGAGAGACAUUCCAUUUUAAACAACUGGUGCUACGUUUUGCCAAGUAUGAAGAUGGGGCAGAUAAUAAAUGUUCUUCAUACUGCACCGCCUGACUGCCCCUUUCAUUCCUUUGAAGAUUUCCGGAGGCACUGGGAUGACCUGUAUGGCUACAAACUUCCAGAGGAUGGUGGAGGAGAGAUGAGAACAUACUGCAGCGUCUACUUCAGAAUGAUCAACGAAAGGACCUUCACGUACCCUCUUACCUGCAUCAGAAGUCAGCCCAUUCAGUUCUUCCCGAGGGUAGAUCUGGACGGUGUGCUGAAAAGCUUUCUUUCAGACUUGAAGUCUAAACUGCCGCAUUUAUGUGGAUUUCCCAUCAAGAUGACAAAUAAGCCAUGCUACUACACGCAGGGGCUGAGCAGACCUCAGGUGCAGGAAAACAAAGUCAAACCACCCAACCUGACAACUAAGAGACUCUUGAGAGCCUCUCUAACUCAAGCCACGCUGACGGCGUCGCGGGCGCCGCGCUUCCUCGCACCGUCAGCCGGCCGCGCGGCGGAGCCCGCGGUCGGCCAGCAGAGGGCGGCCGUGUUCCCGGCGGGGCGCCCGCAGCCCGCGCCUCUUGCUGGCGGAAGGCUCUCCCGGCCACCUUUGGAGCAGGCAGGGUUCAGCAGAGAAGAUACACGGGCUCAAGGCGAGCAUCUCUGCGCACAAGCCAGCAGAGCCCCAGCGUUCGUACCGGUUUUCAAAAAGAAAUCCGAGCAAGUGAACAAAGCCGGCUCAGCACUUGGCGCCGUGAAAAGAAAGCAGAACGCCGUUACAGAAUCUACCCGGUCGGCACGGGACCCCAGUGUAACCCAGGGAGGCAAGCCGAGUUCAGGCACAGCCGCCCGGAAAAAGCCGAACAGUCACAGUCACACCCACGGCGGACACCAGCCGCGCUCCGGACCCCCGCAGGGGCAGUUGUGUGGGCGGAGGACGGGGCCACCCUCUUCCUCCGAGAGGCGCGCGGUGUCCGCCAGCGUGACGCAGGUGUCGAGUAGCAGUGUAAGAAAUGCCGUGGACAGCCACACCCCGGGAAAAGACAGCUUAACAAGCAGGCUCAUAACACAGAUUCUGGGGAAAAGCCACGAGUCACUAAAACUCAAAAGCCAGCCACACAUUUUUGAAUCAGAAGCUGAAGAGUGGCAACUCCAGCAGCAACACUUAGCAAAUGAAAUUACCGACGCUGGUGCGGCUGAACGCGGCCUAACAGAGCGCAAGGCAGCCCACAGCCGCAGACAGAAGCUGCGUCCCGAGUCUUCAAAGGCUUACACAAGGCAUCGCCCUGAUGCACACAAGAGGCAACCUCGUUCUUCUGAGAGCCAGGUAUCUAAUACAACAAAACCUGAGGAUUCUCUCAUCGUUCCUGAGGCCCGCUACAGUGUGGAACAGAGUGGCCGCCUGGUAACUGCAGCGCUACACACUUCUUUUCCUGGUUCCUUAGAGAUACCCAAGCUUAAAUUAGCAAGGACAUUGGGACCGCACAUCCUGUGAAUAAGCAACUGGUUGUACUGUGCACACACAAAGGACCCCUCAGGCUCCUUUUCAGUUCUGGGCUCUCAGAGCCUAGGGAGCCAGCGCUGCACCGCAGCCACAGCAGCUGCCAGGGUGUGCAAACCUGAAAUCCUACUGUCGUUUGGGCAUGAUCCCAACGGCAGACCUUGCAUGGAGCCCCGGAGAUAACCAGUAAGUUAAAGUCCACUCCUGAAAUGCCAUGGUGCCAGCCACCCGUAAGCUUGAGACUUGUUUCUCGCUCUGGGUCGCUGGCACCGAGUUCACAAAAAGUUACAUCUGGAAAUAACAUUUUAUUCCUUGUUGCCAUCUGUUCUAUUCUAAGAACAAACACAUUACUAAAACAUCCACAAGUAUUCUUCACAUAAAGCUAUUGGCAUACGUUCAGAUUCUUUAAGAAUCAAGUAGAAAACGGUUUUUUUUUCUUUUUCAAAUGCUAUUUCUAUAACUAAUAGAAUUUUCAACCUGAUUUGAAUUAACUAAAAGAUAUGUCAUUUUCUUCUUCUAUAUGUUGUGAUGUGAUAUUUUAUGUGGUUUUAAACAUCUUCAUGUUAAUGCUGUCAUGUGGCUGAGGAAAAUAUUGUUUGUGUCUUAGAAAUGGCAAUUUGCAUUUGUUAGGGAUGAGAGAAAUGUGUCGUAGGUUCCAUGCUGUCAUAGAGGGAUGCCACUUUCUCUUCUUGAAUUACUUAGUGCCCAACACGAUGUUAAUAGGAAAUCACCCUAUUGGGAAGAACAUGAGAAAAUUGUGGUUUCUGUGGUGAUCUGUGCACUUCUGCCCAGUGAUAAAAUUAACAGACAUUUCUGUGAAUGGAGUAGUUCAGUAAGCAAGUUAAAGAACGCGGGCUGGAGAGCUAUCUCAGCAGGUAAGAGCGCGCUGCUCUUCCAGAAGAGGGGGCUCAGGCAGGACCAACACUGUAGUUCACACUUACAUGUAACUCCGGUUCCAGAGGCUCUACUGCUCCCCUCUGUGGGCUUCAGGCUUGCACGUGGUACACUGUCAUACAUGCAGGCAAGACACCCACGCACACCAAGUAGUAAGUUUCUACAACGUAAAACCACCCACAGUUGCUGUUUGCAGGAGCGCUCGCUCAGAACCCGAGGAUGCUCUCCCAGACACUGCCUGUGAGCACGAAGGCUGUGUGUGCUGCUCUGUGGUCUCUUCUCAACUCUACCGUCGUCUCCUUAGUAUUUGCGCCGUAUUUCAUUGAUGUGGGCCCAUCACGUUUAACUUCUCUUCCUAUUGGGACUUAACUUUUUACACCCUUUCAGUAUUAUAAGUUAUGUAAAUUGUUCUAUACAAAAUCUGGUACCAAAUUUUCUUACAUAGUACAUUGUUUUUAAUUACAGAGUCUCAUUCUGUAGCCCCAGCUAGCCUGGAACUUGCUAUGUAGACAAGGCUGGCCUCAAAUUCACAGAGAUCCACCUGCCUCUGCUGCCCAAGUGCUGGCACCAAAGGCAUGUGCCACCCUACCCAGUGCAAUACUCAGUGUAUUGAUAGUUUAAAAUACUUUUAUUUUGCCCUUACUGUUUUUAUUACUGAUAUUAGUUUGAAGUGACUCUGUUUUAUUGUCAGAGCUUGGGGGCUUCACAGACACAGUAGUAUAAAGACAACAGGCAGCAGUGUGAAGAAGCUAGGUGCCUAUCACCCCCGUUUCCUGCCUGUUGACAUUUGACACUGUCUCCUCUGCCCUUUAGGUGCUUUUUACUGCAACAUUUUAAGGCAAAUUCAAAUAUUCUUACAGUUCCAUUCAUAAACACCUCAGAAUACAACUCUAGCUAAGGUAUAGUGUACUUUUUAAAGAAAAUACUUUGUAGGAGCAUUUACACUGUGCGUUUUGAGAGGAUCCCCUGUGUUCAUCUCCAAACCAACCAUGCUGUAGUUAUGCGAGGAAAGGGUCUAUGCUCUAUAGUCUCUGCUUAUUCAUAAUUCUGGGCACACUGUCCCAGUGCUUAUUUAGGGGGUUGGUGGUGUGCUGUAUUGCCACUAAAUUUUAUUUUUGUUUUUGUGUGACGCAUGGGAACCCCCAGAGACAUGAGGUCAUUUAUACUACAGAUUUGGAGUUUUAUUGAGGUGGCAGUUUCUGUGCCCAGCUUGACUCAUUAGUCCUGCUGUGUGCCAGGCAGUGGCCAUGCUGUGUCCACUCCUAGAAUGGGAGGACUUGCCCCAAAGGCUGAGUAUAGUCUCUAGCCAACUCACGUGUGCCUGUGGCUCAGGCUUAGCACUAUGUAUGUGAUGAAGCAAGUGUCCAGAAUUGCCUGCUUGUCCUCUACAGAUGGUUAGAGAUGGGGAGGAAAAGCACAAAUGGUGCUCCUCUCCUAAGGAAAAUUUUCAUCACGUCAAAUAUUUUAGGCUUUAACUGGAUUUGAUAACAUAUAAUCAGCAUACAUUUUAAAAGUCAAAACUCUUCAUUGAAAAUUCUACUACAAUAAUCCUUCAUUAUGUACAUAAAACUGACAAAAAACAAAAAACAAAAACAAAAACAAGUUUAAGUUGCACUGUGCUUGUUAAAUAUGGAUGCUGUGGAAUUCUGUCUCCUGAAGUUAUACCCCGAAGUUGGUUUGCUCUAUGCUUUCACUAUGAGCACUUCUGCGUCCAGAAAUCCCUGAGAAAGACAAUCAUGUUCACAGGAAGAGUGUACAUUAACUCCUUUCUCAUGCAGUCCAUGUAGUGGGUAGCCAGCAGGCCACGGUAAAGACCUGAAUGUUCAUGUGUGGUCAGCAGAGUCAUCCAGACAUGCCAUUCUUGAACUGGCCUUCCCUAGAUGCUUCCUGGGGCUGCUCCCUCACUCUCCCAUAGGCUGGGAAGACACCAUAUCACUAAGCAAAGUAGUUAAAACGUCAGUCUACUGCUGAAGCAAUGGAGAGUGUUUCCCAGCUCUUUAAAGAAUCUUGAUAAUCCCCUAUUAGCUGAGCUACGCAGACCUACAGCAUAAUAUUUCUUAUUUUUCCUUUUAGGCAAGGCAUCAUAUAGCCCAUGUUGGCCUCGAAUUCACUAUGUAGCCUAGAAUGACCUUGAACUGCUAAUCUUCCUACCUCGGCUCCCAGAGUGCUAGAUUAUAGCUCAGUUCACAUCCUGGAAAUUGAAUCCAGGGCUUUGCACAUAUGAGGCAAGCCCUGAGCUGUAUCAACUGAGCUGUAUCCCAUUUUAGAUUUCAUUUUAGAUAAAUGGUCACAUACAUGCAAGGCUUGUUAUGCUAAAAUGAAUCUAUAUGAGUUUGUUUCCUUGUGUAAAUAUACAUAUGUGAUCUCCAUGCACAUACAUAUGUGAUCUCCAUACAUAUACAAAAAUGCACUCUAUACACACCAAAUUUCUGUACUCAAAAUUCAACAGAAAAAUCAAUGAAGAUCCUGGUUCACAUUAAAACUUUAGUUAUUGGGGCUGGAGCCAACUCAGCAGUUAAGAGCACUUGCCGCUCUUGUCAAGGAUGCAAGUUUAUUUCCAGCACCAUAUAGCUGCUCACAAUCAUCUAUAACUCAGAUUCCAAUCGGAUCUGGGAUACAAUACCCUCUUCAGGCCUCUCAGGCACCAGGCACAUACAUGAUACACAUGCAUACACGAAGGCAAAAUUCACAGCAUAGAAUAUUUUUAAAAGACUUCAAUUUCUGAAAACCAAAAUAACUGCACAGCCAAUUAGAAAAAAACAAAUUUUUCUCUUUUAGGUUUGGAUGCUUUGUUUGCAGUACGGACCCCUUCCAAAAAUUCAUUCCUUGCUUUUCAAUUCUGCAUUACAACUUUAACCAUAAAUAAUUUAUGUUUGCCUAUAUCCAGAGGCUUAGAAAUCAACCACCACACCAAAACAAACUUAUGGAAAUAGGCCAAAAUUAAUGCCAAGAAUCAUAUUUAUAGUUAUGUAAAAAUGUUCCUCAUGUACAUUGGUGCUUACUAUAUUUGUAUGUGGUUUUAUAUUUUAUUAUAUGUUACAAUUAUUUUAUUUGUGUUUAUUACUCACUGUAGCAAACAAAAUCUUGAGAAUCUCAGUGAUUGGUUUUAUUUGACAAAUUUACCAACCAAUUUGCACUCUCUGUUUUCAAGUUGCAGAUUAUCUGUUUUUAUGCUGUGCCUGCUAAUAUAUAUUUGUAGGUUGUUAUGAAUAAUCAGCAUAAGGACUUAAAGAUUCAUGACCCUUAUGUGUUGAUGCUCGGAAUGUUCCUGCUGAAUAUUAUUUCAGAUGACAAGCAGUAAAGACAUUUCAAAUCCAUGUGCUUUUCAUAUGUCAGAGUGACGGUAUAGAGAAGGAGAAGAGCUUAGGUAUCCUGCAAACUCCUUUCCCACUGCAGCUUAUUUCCUCAUGAGCACCUGCUGCUAUGGAAACCAGCGUAGGUCCUUAGUACAUCAUGCGAUAGAACUGUGAUAACCCUUGCACCUGAGGUAAGAGAACUGACGACUUUCUAAAACCUGCUCACUCCAGUGCAGCCAAGCAAGUGGCAGGAUCAGGCUAAAGUACCAGGUAUCAGCCUCAAGAAAGUAAGUUCACCCCCCUGAGCUGAAUGCACCUAGACAUUGCUCUGAUGUGUAUGACAAAGACCAGUCACUCUGCACACUGAAUUCCAGCACCUGCGCAGCAGCAGCUUCCCUGGGCUUUCCUUGUUCUCCUCUCACAGUAUGCACAUAUCUAAGAGGGCUUGUUAGAAGAUGUUUUAAGUUAAUUACAUGUACAUGUGAGGAUAUGUGUGUGUAAACCAAAGUGUCGGCAGGGCCCUAGGAUCUGCUGGAGCUGGAGCUGGAGCUGAGAGCUGCCAGUGGGAGCCACAUUUGGCCAGCCCUCUGCAAGACCAGAACACUCUUUCCUGAUGGGUCAUCUUGCCAGUCCCACAUUAGGAGUUCUUGUAACCUAAAGUCUAACUGGCUUCUGGUGCCUUCCCAUUUAAGACAUAUAGCCCAAAGGUGCUUUCUGUGCCGCGGACUGCUGGGAAGGCCAGGUCCUGUGUCCUGUCCAGCCCUGCUCCCCCAGGAAGGACAGUCCUGUUGUAGUUAUUGCUCUAUGGUCUCCUUUAGGAUAGUUGCUUUGCAGGGGAAAAAGCUAACACCAUCCCAUGAAAUGUUUUCCUUCUCCAGAAAUACAGAAAAUGGAAGUAAAAAUGACUUGUCUUCCUGAUCUGCUACUUAUGUGGAAAAUUCUGCCUAUUGGUGAGAAGGCAUUUCUGCUGUACAAGGUGAAAGUCAAUUUUUAUAACUGGCAAGACUUUGGAAUGCUUCUCUAAGGAAGUGUUACAGUUUUAAAACUAAAUCUAGGAAUAAUCAGAGUUCUCAGAAAAUGUCAUUGAUGAGCUAGCUAGAACUAGAGUAUAAAUUUUACACAUGACCUACUGUAGCAUGAAGUUAAAUGGUCUAAUUACAUCAGGCCAUUUGAGGAAUUUUCAUUAGAAAAAGUAAUGAGUAGUGAAUUGAGCUGUAGUGUUGGCCUAUAGCUUGUCUUAUAUGAUUUUUACUUUAUAGGACUUGUUCUUUUUUAUAUUUUUAUUUUCUGUCCAUUGGAGUUUUGCCUGCAAGUAUGUCUGUGUAAGGGUCUCAGAUCUUGGAGUCACAGACUUGUCCUGAAGAAGUCGGUUAUGUGAUUCUGAGAUAAAGCAUUAGCUUGCAUUCCCUGUUUUCAGUUUAGUUAAUACAUAAUGAAGAUGCCAAGAGGCAGGCCUGAGAACAAAAGGCAGAGGUAGAAAGUUUCGUAUUAGGCAUACAUAUGGCCAGCGUUGAGCUGAAAUAACUAUGUGUCACUGUGAUGAUUAACUAUGAAGAACAGGAAGACCAGGAAAGUAUCCUUUCAUUAACUUAAAAGCCAACGUAAGUGUUACAGUGAGAGCUAUUGAGCAGUAACCAGGUUUAGUAUCUAUCAAUGUAUCAAAUGCCCCCAGCCCAGACUUAGCAAGAGAAGUGGGAGAUAGACAUUUAAAAGCUCAAUUGUUUAAGAAUGCAUGGGGAAACAGAAUCUAUGUCUAGUCAGUGUUGCAAUGCGAAGAAAAAGGUGCAGCUCACUUAGUGCUUGAUGGACACCACCAGAAGCUCCUAAAAUGCCUCCUAAGGAGCCCUGUUUGGGUCAUCUAUCCCAUAUCCAAGCCACUUUCAAAUCCCCAACCCACAGAAACUGUAUGAGAUAAAUCCUCUUCAUCCCCGUUUUAAGCCACAGUGUUGGAGGUGAUUUGUUACCUGGUGAAGUAUAAUAGAUACUGUGAUGGUUAAGCACAGCUUUUCACUUGAUUGGCUUGUGAAAUGCCUAGGAGAUUAAGAAACAUGUCUAGGAGUAUGCCUGCUAAUGUAGUCCGUAGUCAGCUGAGGGAUCUGACCUAAAGAAUUACCUAAUCCUGAUGAGAUAAAAUCUGAUGCCUGUUAGGAGGUAGAGGAGCUUUGGAAGGGGCUAAGGAUACCUUCACUUCUUCCUCGGCACAGAAUGUGAAUUAUUCUACCCUCCCUGCCAUGUGGACUGAAGCGGAGCUAAAGAAAACUUGCCUCUUUCUAAAUUCUUUAUGCUAGGCAUUCUGUCGCAGCCACGAGAAAACUAACAACUCAUUCAGUAAGAGCUUAAGAAUAUUAGUAUAAAACACAGGAAAGUAUGUGUAUGCAAGUUUUGUUGAAUUUCCCCCCUCUUUCCACCUCUGUGAAUCAGAGCAUAUUAUGAGAGUUUUUUCCCUGCUUCCUCAAGACAGAACAGCAAAAACAGACAUAAGCACAAUUCCAUGACAGUUCUCCUUGGUGAGCUGGCGAGUUAAUCAGGCUAAUUGGAGAGGCUACAUAUAGGACCAUGAGUGAGACUCCAGCAGCACAUUGCCAGAAAGUCUCACCCUGCAUCGGUGGUGACGUCCCCGUAGCGGGAUGGAGUCCCUCUUCAGCCAGCUCUUCACACGCUCAAUACUCAAGUGCCUCCCGAGACCAUAAUACUACGUGCAAUUAGAACUGUAUUUGGCAGGUGCAGUAGGGAGCAAUCGGAGGGGAAUUAAGUGAGGGUACAGUGAAUCUUUUCUCCCCCUCUGAAGACAAAGAUGGCUGCUUUGCUUGGAUUAUAGUGCUCUCAACAGGAGAGCAAAGCUCUGGAGACCCGAGUAGAUCUGUCCACGGUGGGAAACAGCAAUCUAAGUGUUAAUGCUUAGGGAAUUACAUGGUGAGUGUUCUUCCCAACAGGCGUGUUAUUAGCUCAUUCUGAGAUCCUACUUCCCUGUAUCCUGUAUCCACUUUUUUUCCUUGUCAUAAGACCUUUGUGAUAAGAUGCUGAUGGGAAGCAAACCAGGACAAGUGCUGGGGCCAGGGCUGGGACACUGCUGAAGGACCUGACCAUGUUGAUGUGGGGAAGGGUGAUGGGAGGGUUGUGGGACGCUGGGCUGGAAAGUCAAGCUCAGAGCUAUGUUCUGUGAGAGCUUGAAUGCACUCAUGGGCUUAGCUUGUGACUUUGAGACUCUCUACUGUUAGUGUGCAGUUCUGCAAGUGGCAGAGGCAGAGAAGGGGGAUGGAGAAGCACCUCAGAGCUCAGGAGCAGCAUUUCUCCGUGUUCUGCGCUUUAGAUUAUGCCUCCGGGUUCCGGCUUUGAGUUGCUGUUUUUGCUUCCCUCGGUGAUGGACUGUAGACUGUAAGCCAAAUAAAGCCUUUCUUCUCCACAUUGGUUUUGGUCAGUGAU